AUGAACAGUGGAGUCGGCGAGGGAGAGGGUGAACCUAGCCUUGAUGCUACAAACGCCCAGCAGGUGCUCGGGUUACUGCCUUUGCCCAAGGAAGUAAAGUAUGACCCCAAUUUUCACCGUCCGCAUAUAAGCGCCAUCAGGCCGGAGAACGCCAUGGAACUUCUGUGCAUUGCCGUGGACAUGCUCCUGGCCAUGUCAACAACACGCGCGCUAUCUGGCGAUGCUUCCGAGUCUGGUGUAAGGAAUGAAGUGUCCAGCGGCGAGAAUACACCGACACGAGUGGAGGAGUUGCGUUUCCAUCCCCAUGGUCAUGAUCUCACACAACAGUCUCUUCUGUGCAAACGGUUUCUCUCGAAGCGAGAGCCACCAAUAACACUAAAAGAGUACCUUACGCGAUUCCAUCAUUACUGUCCCUUAUCCACUGGGGUGUAUAUUGCAGCCAGCUUGUACAUCACCCGAAUAGCUGUCGUUGACUCAGUUAUUUCAGUCAACCGGAAGAACAUGCAUCGCCUGGUGCUAGCUGGGCUGCGUGUAGCGAUGAAGACGGUUGAGGAUCUUGUCUAUCCACACAGCCGAGUUGCUAAGGUUGGGGGCGUGACAGAACGAGAACUCACGCGACUGGAGAUCAGCUUCUGUUUCCUCGCGGAUUUCGACCUACGAGUUGACGAACAGACACUGGAUAACCAGGCCGGAAUUCUGCAUUGGUACAUGGAACACCCGACGUGA